AAGGUCGUAACCUCAACUGAUUAAACCUAAACUGAUUCCCCCCUUGAGUAUUAAUCUGACCUUUUCAACGAGUGAACAUCGAGGUGGUUUAGUACGAAAAAAAUUUUUGAGUGAGCAGAACGUACUGAAAAAUGAAGUGGCAACUAGCUGGAGUUCUACUGGUCGUCGGUAUCUGCCUGGCAGAAAUCGAACUGCCUGCUCACCCACAAAACCUCGAUGAUAUUCCCCAGAUUAAAGAAAAAUGCCAGGCAAAGGGAAAGCCUGAUAGCUAUGACAGGCUUAAGACGGCAAUCAAUGAAACUAGAAACUGUCUACAAAGUAAAAUCAACCCGGAAAAAAUCAAGGAAGAACUGGAAGAAGCCAAAAAGACCGGUUCAAUGGAUGAGGUAUUUGGGAAAUACUGUAACAAACGCCAGGAAUACAAGAACUGCAUCAUGACCACUGUGAAUAUCACCAAAGAAUGCAUGGAAGAAGUUGAAAUUGCCGCCUUAGACAAAACGAUCAAUGUGAUCGAGGAAGUGAUUGAUUUCGCUUGCUACAAAGAUGGAGAUAGGCUAGCCAUGUUUGUUGCUGAAGGCGGACCAGAAUGUUUGUCGUCACGUACUGAACAAAUCAAGCAAUGCAUGAAUUCCACCUUGAAAAUCGAUACUAGUAGCUUUUCAAUAACUUCUUUGCCCACCAGCCUGCCCAGUUUGAAGAUUGAUAAGAAGAAAUGCGAUGACCUAAACGAAAUCCGUACUUGCGUGGUUGAAGAUUUAGAAAAGAACUGCCAGGACACCACACCUGCAAACAUCGUAGAUGCCCUCUUUAAGUUCAUCAAGAAAACCACUUGCAAAAACGUCAAACAGAGAAGAAGUGUAAAUCUCCUAAGACUUAAACGAAGCAUACCUGUACUACCACUGAAUUUGAAUAACAUUUUCAACAUUCACGAUCCUAUAUUGGAAGAAUGUAAGAGAUUUGGGGGUGAGCAGGCUGCUAAAGAAGCUGAGGAAAGCUAUAAUAAAACAAAAGUCUGUAUUAAUGGAUUCCGCUUAGAAAAAACACCCAUGGAGACGUUUUUAAAUGGCAUGACUGAUUGCUCGCAAGAUCUGAUGGAAAAAGUAAAGAAUUGCAUCCCAGAUGAAAUGAACUGGUACCCAAGUUUCAUAUUGAAUUUCUUUCGGGCUUUGGCUACAUUCGUUUAUGAAAUACAUGACAUGCUUAAAAUGUAUCCGCUAAACGGGUUAACAAAUUGCAUGCAAAGAAUGAAGUCGUCUGAAGCAUUUAAAAAUAACGAACCAAUAUGUAAGCCAAAGGACAAUCAAACUGAUAUUACACAGUAUGUUAACUCGUUGCCGGAUAAGGAAACAUUGUGCAAAAUAUUAACAGAAGCUGAUGAAUGUAUUAGUGAAUUCGUCGGAAGCACAUGUACACUAACUGUUGUACUAAACAGAACACUGAACAGCAUAGCCAAAGUUGUUCAGGCUCCAUGUAGAGCCGACUCUCAUAACUAAUUACAUUUUUCAACUUAUGUAUAAAAACUAUAGUGAUAGCCAUAUAUAAUGAGCCUGUAGAAAAUAAAACUAUUUAUUAAAAAUA